AUGAGCUACAUAGUUGACCUACAAGUGCGAGGAUCAUCUCUGAGGGUUAUCAAAUGUAUGUUUAGAGAGGAUGAGCAAAUUUCUUCUCUACAUUCUGGUUCUGACUCGAAACAAAACAGCAACAAAAAGCUGGGAGAAUUUUUGAAUCUGUUAAAAGCAGUGGUCAAGAGGAAGUUGGAAAGUUUCCCAAAAGACCGUUUAAAGACUUCGAUUAUAACUGGCCAAGAAUUAAUGAGAGAGGGGCAAGGAAGUAUUGAAAUUAAGGAUCCACCAACGGAGGCGCAACAACAUUUGAUUAGAAGCCUAGCAAAAGUUUUAUUACACCAGUUUUCAAGCAUAAAUGGCAAAGUUAACACAGUAAAUGAAGGACAAGAUAAUUUGUUUCUAUCCUUAUUCGUUAAAAAAAUUUCUAUAGAGCAACAGUCCACAUCACACGUCUCUAUUAAAUUGAACUUUCAUGAGAAAAUAAAUUUGGGUCAGCACAUAGAUUCUAUUUUAGAUUCAGAGGAGACCAACGAGUCGGACACUUAUCACAUGGGAUCUGUUGACGAGUUCAUUAUAUAUCCCUUUUGCUGUCUGGAAGAGCAAGAUGAGCUGAAAAAUGGCAGCAUACUGUCCACAGAGUUCGACAAGAUUGACUUAGAACUAGACGAGGAUGAUGGUUUUGAGGGAGAAACUUUAAACAAUUGUAUCAAUUCGGUGGGAAAUUUUGACAUUCCACUAAGUAAGCAAACACUAAACUUAGUAAAUAUAUCAUAUCUUCCAGGCACAACUUUCGAGGGCCAAUGGGAAUCGUUGUAUUUUGGUAACAAUAUUAAAGAAAGGUUAUAUAGCUACGCAACUAUAUCUCUCAAGAUAGCAAGAUUCAAACAAACUGGAGACUCCAAUCAAGAAGACAUUACAACGCUAAUCACAAAUAAUAAAUUACUCCUUGUCCAUGGUCCUCCGGGAACAGGUAAAACAACGUUAUGCAAAGCACUUUGCCAAAAAUUAUCUGUGAGGCGGGAAUUUUCAGACGGUUCCGAUACCAUUGAUACUAAUUAUAAGGGGAUAAUAAUAGAAUUGUCUUGUGCACGCAUCUUUUCUAAAUGGUUUGGAGAAUCGUCAAAAAAUAUAUCAAUAGUAUUCAAAGACAUUGAGGAGCUUUUAAAGGUCAAUGAGGGACGAGGGAUCUUUAUAUGCCUUUUGAUAGAUGAGGUUGAAGCAAUAGCAAGUUCAAGAACAAAUUUGUCAAGUAGAAAUGAGUCAACAGAUGGAAUCCGAGUUGUGAACACUUUACUUACGCAACUUGACAGGCUGAAAAAAUACCAUAACUUUUUAGCAUUAGCCACGUCUAAUUUAUUAGAUUCAUUAGAUGAUGCUUUUGUUGAUCGAGCAGAUGGAGUUUUUUAUGUUGGAAAUCCAACAGCUGAGGGCAUCCUCCACAUUCUAAAGGUUUGCAUAGAGGAGAUGAUAACUUCAGGUAUAAUUCUUUUUCACGCAAGAUCAACUGGAGUCAAGUUCUUCAAUAAAUAUCAGGACAUUUUGCGGAAAAUUGCUAUCAAAUGCUCGACCGUUGAUAUCAGUGGUAGAACAAUAAGGAAAUUGCCCUUGAUGUGUCUGUCUGAAUACUUCCGGACAUUUCCUGUAGACGACGAUGAGUUUGUUCUGGCAUUAGCUAUGUCAGCGCGGAAGCUGAGCGCAGCGCGGAAGUGA